GUGCACGAGCGUACGUGUCCAAAAAGAAAAAAAAAACGUACCUCUCUCUCUCUCUCUCUCUCUCUCUCGUCCUUGUUCGAUUCUCCUGAUGACGAUUAGCUUGCUCACAUCCCACUUCUUCUGACCUCUUCCAGAUAAAACCUAAGCAAAAAGUGACUCGACCUUUCGUUCUCUCAAGUAGCUCCCACACUCUCAUAAAGUGAAAUAAGAAAGCUCUGCCUCGAAGAAAAUCUGUAGAAAUGGCGGAACUGCAACCAGGUGACAACAACAAUAGUCAUCAACCAAACGGCGGCGGCGUCACUCCUUCGCUACCGUCGACCUCAGCGGAAGCCCUGGCGAUUGCUGCCGCCGGAUCGAAACGAUUGAGGAGGCCAAGCGUUCGAUUAGGCGAAAUCGGCGGCGACUAUCACCACGCGCCGCCGUCGUACGAUUCUCAGUCGAGGAAACCGAAGUGGACACCGACGGGUAACAAGACCAAAUCGUCGACGAGGACUCGGGCCUUGACGAACAUCGGAACCCUAGACGAUGAGAAUGUGGAUUCUUUUGGUGUGGUUGGGAGUUGGCGGGUCAAGAAACGGGUCGGGUCGUCUACGUCGACGGGUGGUGCGGCGAAGCGGGUGAGCUCCAAUUGGGAAGAAUCGGAAGGUGGGUUUAGGGAUUUCAGUAGAGAAGAUUCGGAGAGUCCGGUGAAGGAGGAGUCUUUAGUGAGAGAUGGUGGUGGUGGUGGUGGGUUUUACGGUAGAGAAGGGGUUAAGAUUUGGUUGCAAGAGUUAGGGUUAGGGAGGUAUUGGCCUAUGUUUGAGAUACAUGAGGUUGAUGAUGAGGUUUUGCCCUUGUUGACUUUGGAUGAUUUGAAAGAUAUGGGGAUUACUGCUGUUGGGUCCAGGAGGAAGAUCUUCUCUGCUAUUCAGAAGCUUGGUACGGAGUUCUCAUGAUAGACAGAGAAAGAUUGUAGAAUUUUUGAUCGGUUGAGAACAAAUAACAUGGUUUUUGUUGUUUUUGUUGUUGUUUUUGUUGGUGAGAUAGUCAGUCAUGGCGAUGUAAGCUUGCAAUGUCUGAAACCACGAGUGAUAAGCAUUUUCUUCCUUUUUUUUGAUGUUUCUUGUUUUAAUGUAGCAUUAGCUACAUUAGUAUUAGUAGAAGUAGGGAGACGAUUUUCUUUUACUCUUUGAUAUCUCUCUUUGCUUCACUAAAGAUGUUCUCAUGGAUGGUCGAUUGAUGAUAAUUAACUUGCAACUGAAUAGAUCAUGCAGCUUAUAUACCGAUUUGCAAUAGGAGUUUGAAACUGAAUGUUUUCAGUCUAGCUUUUGAUUAGCAUUUUUA